GACCCAACCCAAACCAAACCAAACAAACUCAUCCUUUUCAAUCCUUGCCAUUUUAGAUCAACAAUCCUUCUUUCUUCGUUUUCUCACCUUCCCUUCCCUUUCCUCUCGUUUCAAACCCUAAUUUCUCUUCCCCGUUCCAAUUUCAAAUCACCGAUCUCAAUUCACCAGAUCGUCUUCGCUGCAUACUCAGGAAUUAUGUCUUUCGCGCGGAAUUUUCAAGCGGAAGAUCGUAGCUUAUAUGGUGCUUAUUGGUACACCGAUGAUGUAAACAACUUUCGGAACACCAAUAGGAAAAGAAGCCGGAACAAUUACCACCAGGGGAAUUAUAACACUUACAAUGGCCACCAGACAAAAUUUGGGGACUAUGGUGGUAGCAACUUUAACUUUUACAAUGUAGACCCUGCUAAUUAUGUCAACUAUGGUGUUGUUCAGUCAUCUAUGAAAAGGAGAAAAAACUCAGCAACUACUUGGGAAGAAGGCCAGAAAUACUAUCUUCCGUUUACAGUCCAUGAUAAUAUCCCUUCGUCUGGUAGUUUUCAAUCUCACCCGACGAGAUCCAAUGCUGAUACUGAUCCCUCUACGUCAGCUAGCGGCAAGCUUGACUGCUCUAUAUUUGACGAUGAUAAGCCGGUCUUUUUGUCAAGGGACGAUAUUGAUAGAAACUCUCCAUCGAGGAAAGAUGGUAUUGAUGCACAUCAUGAGACGCACUUGCGGUACUCUUAUUGUGCAUUCCUUCAGAACCUUGGCAUGCGGCUUGAGCUGCCCCAAACUACUAUUGGGACGGCCAUGGUUCUGUGCCACCGGUUUUUUGUUCGCAGAUCUCAUGCUUGCCACGACAGAUUUUUGAUUGCCACUGCUGCUCUUUUUCUUGCUGGAAAGUCAGAGGAAAGUCCACGUCCGCUGAAUAAUGUAUUGAGAGCGUCCAGUGAAGUAUUACAUAAACAAGAUUUUGCAUUGUUGUCCUACCGGCUUCCCGUUGAUUGGUUUGAACAGUAUCGGGAACGGUUGCUUGAGGCUGAACAGUUGAUACUUACUACCCUAAAUUUUGAACUCGGUGUGCAACAUCCAUAUGCACCUCUUACCUCUGUUCUUACGAAAUUAGGUCUAACAAAGACUGUUUUGGUGAAUCUGGCAUUAAACUUGGUCAGUGAAGGGUAUCCCAUUUGUUGGUUCCGAUUAGCCCCGUGUUAUCUAACAAAGUGAUUGGAAUGAAAAAAACGUAGUCUAGGAAACAGGACAUGGGGCAUUUGGUGUUAAAUCUCAACCAAUUAGCAUGAGGUCUGGAGAUCUAGUGGCUGUGGAAAGAUACCUUGGUGUCUCCCCUUCUAAGUUUUGGUUCAAGAUAGUGUCGAUUCUCUCAAUAUUUUGCUUUAGCGCAACUUCUGUGUGUAGCUAUUCUGUCAUGGGAUAUUGAUUUUUUUGGCAUGCAUAUAAUUGCAGGAUCAUCACAAGAUUAGCAUGCAGGCUUGUAUGAUAUUCUUAGCUGGCGGAUUGAUAUGCUGUUCAUGGAAAGUUUUGUUUUACAUCUGAAGUUGAACUGCUGAUGUCUAUUGGAUUGCUUUACUCUGAAUAUGUCCAAUGAACCUUUCUUUGGGCCACCUGAGAGCCCCAAGCCCCAACCCAGAUUUUCUGUCUAACCCUCAAUGCCGGUGUAGUUUAUGCCAAUACCCAUUAGUCAAAUGUCAAAGGGGCUCUCUCUAAUACUUCAUAACUUGGGUGGAAGGAAGGUCAUAGAAGUAAAUUGGCAGUAAGUAAUAAAACGGCAAAAAGUAAAAAAAAAAAUACAAGAAAAAUAGGUAGAUAGAAGCAAACAGUCUGAAAGUGAUAUAUGGGCAUAGUCUUUCACGGUCCUGAGCAAAUUUUGGCUAAUCAUUAUUCACUAAUCAAAAUGGGGCCUCUUAACUAGAGUCAAUUGAACAUGUAGAGGUGAAUGGAGUUCUUUUCUGCUGCUGUUUUUUUUUUUCUUGACUAAAUAAUCUCUUCUGGUACUGUUUUUUAUUUUUUUAAAUGGAAGGGAAACCUUUACACUUGGUCUAUAAGUUGAUUUUUGAAAAACUUCCUGGGCAUGAAUCUGCUGAUAAAACUCUAUCUUUUGAAGUCUUUCCUAUUUGUGGUUUUGCAUGUGUCUUAAUUUCCUCCACAAUUUUGACCACAUUUAAUGGAUUGGUUUAGACAUUUAUAUCCCUAUGUGUCUUGAAUUUGGAUUUAAUUUUGAUCCAUUUUCAAAGCUUAAGUUUUUUCACAUGUUUCCAGUCAUUGAUGGUUGAUAUAUCGGGUAAUGAGUUGGCUAUGAAAACCACCAAAGAAGUUGAUGUGUGAAAAAGUAUUGUAUGAUGUUCAAAAUUUCAGACAAUGUAUCAUUGUUUAACUAUUUAAAAUUUAUUUUGGAAGACACUUUUAAACACUCUUCUGCACAAUCCACGUGAUUGGUCUACUUUCAGAAAAGUCAACACACUUGCCCAUUUUUUUAAGAAUGUGUUGACUUUAUAAAAAAUAAACUAAUCACAUGGAGUGUGUUGCUAGCAUAUCCCUAGUCAAUUUAUUUUAAAUAUUUUGCUUCUGCUGAUAUCAUCUUUUAGACUUUACUGCUAUCCAAAUAGCCACUUGUUUUUUGCUCAUUUGCAUGGAAUCCAAUCUUGAAGUUUGUAAUGGGAAUGUAGAGUUUAAGGUUUGACUGACUUUCAUUUGGAACACAAGAAAACAUUUAAUUUAUAUACUCAAAAUUGUAAGAAUUGACUUCUAUUUAGCAACGAGUUCUGUUUUAAAAUUACUACUCUACUAAGGAUCCACUCUUGAUAGUUGGCAUUAUUGUCCAUAAUUUUCUAAGUCCAUCCCCCUCUAUGUGAACUAGGUUGCAGCCUAAAUUACUAAUGGUGUUGAAAAUCUGAAAUGGGAAUCCAUUAAGUAACAUAGUUGUUUUACUUUUGAAGUAGAUGCUUGGCUAUUUUUUUUUUUGACUUACUGCUAAUUUCCUGUGCUUUUUGGAUGAUGUGUAGUGCUUAAUGUUUGCAGUCUUUCACUCUUAGUAACAAUAGCGAUUCAAAUUGUUCAUUGAAUAGUGCUUAUGGACCUGCCAAAAUAAUUGGUUGUAUCAAUGUCAUUAUUUAUUUGUCUGCGUUCAACUAAUGUUUGCACUAAUUUUUUAGAAAAUGUAUUUAUAGCAAUUUUUUUUAGAGUAAAUGCAUAUGCUUUUUUUGUUUUAUGCCCACAAACAUUGUAGCCACAUUAUCUUAUUAAAUGUUGUACCUCACUUUAUCCUCCCAAGAUAUUAUUCGUGUCUUGUAGAUUCAAGCUCUGUACUGAAGCUUAUUCACAUUUUGUUUUCAUUCUUGA